UUUAAGGAAGGGAAGCGGGGCGGGAGGGAGGAUAGAGCUCUCCUCUCACAUCCCUCCGCUUAGAAUCUUCAAUUCUGCUCCGUUCCUUCCCCUUCCCUCCGAUUUAUCGCGGGAACGGCGGGGGGGGGGGGAGAGGAUGGCGCGUUCCUCUCGGCCGCUGCUCUUCCUGGCCUUGGAUUGGCGGAAGGCCCGACUCCUUCGCUUCUCCUCAGACUCCUGGCGGGGGGAAGGUCUCUUCUACGCCCCGCGUUCACGCGUGAACGUCCCCCAACGAGGCCGGGUCCUGGCCCCUUGUGGGGAUUGCCAGCUGGCUGCCUUGUCACCCUGCCACAAUGCCCUGUGGGGUUGUGUCAGCCGGUUUCUUUCCCUUCCUUCAAAGGCCAAAACCAGCUGCCAACUCGUCCUCCCCUUCCUGGCGGGCUCGCAACCCCCCCCCCAAAAAUUCCCCUUUUGGGGAUGGUGGGGUUUGGUGGCCUGCCAGCAUCUGGAGGGUUAUGCCCCCCCCUUGAGGUACACACCUUUGUAUUUCCACAUAUGUCACCACCAGCCGCACCUCAGGAAACCUAGAGUUUAUAUAUAUGUGUAUAACUUUACUGAUUUUACUGGAGGGUUUCGCAGCUGCUUAUUCUUUUGCAGGAUCUAUAUGCCACUUGAUCAACAAAAAACAAAUUAACGUUUUAUUGCACUUGUUAUUUCAGGCUGUAUGUUGCCCUAGGCUCCCCCCUUUUUUGCACAGAAGGGCUGCUUGUAAAUGGACCAAAGAAGUACAGCUUUAGUUCUAGUCAUGAUGUUAACAACCACCCUGUUUUAGAGAUAUCUGUAGCAUAUGGCGAUGGUGGCUGGCAAGUGGUGUAAGCUGCAUCUUUGUUGUCUUACUUCCGUGUAGGUUAAUUACACCGGAUAAUUGUUCAGAUACUUAACUUACAAAACUCUGCAAAGUGAUGGUACUGUACUAACUUAAAAAAGACACUAACCAAAUUCAUUUGUUGUACAAACCAGGUGAUUUAAUUUUUGUUAAUAGAAAUAUUAGCUUGUUUAGGUCUGCUUUAUUUUCAAAAUGCUCUUUUUAAGAAAGAGCAAUUUCAGAAAGUCUUGCCUUUUCCCCCCUCCUUUCUAGAUGAGCUAUUUUUGCUGGAAGAAUAGCAGGAUUUCCCCAUAUUGAUUUUUGUACUUUGACAUUAGUAAUUCAGAGCUUGAAGUGGCUUGACAGAAAAAAUGAAGAGUGGAGUAACACAGAUAAAUUCCGGUUCUAGUUAUGAAAGGAAGGAAGAUUACAAUCCUCGCCAGAGAAGUUCUUCUCCAGAAGACGGGCAUGUAGAGCGUCAAAGGUCUCAGUCACCACAAGGCAAAAGUCAUUCAGAUUACAGGAGAUCUGACCAAAAACAUUCCGAAAGGGGUCGUUAUGGAGACAAAUACACCGAAUCAAGCAGGAGACAGAGGCAUGAAAGAGAGAGGGAGUCUGACUGGAGAAAGUACCGAAGAUCCCCUUCGCCCGACCGAAGAAAUGCAGCUGAGAGAGCAACACCACAGAGCUCUCUUUCUCAUGAGGAACCCCCUCCAAAGAAGAAGAAAGAGGAUUUGGAUCCAAUUCUCACCCGCACUGGGGGUGCCUACAUUCCUCCAGCCAAGCUUCGGAUGAUGCAAGCACAAAUCACUGAUAAAAAUAGUUUAGCAUAUCAAAGGAUGAGUUGGGAAGCACUGAAGAAAUCCAUCAAUGGUCUCGUCAACAAGGUGAACGUUUCAAAUAUUGAGAAUAUUAUCCAUGAGCUUCUUCAGGAAAAUAUAGUCAGAGGAAGGGGAUUGCUAUCAAGAUCUAUUUUGCAAGCCCAGAGUGCUUCACCUAUCUUCACUCAUGUUUAUGCAGCGGUAGUAGCAAUCAUCAAUUCAAAGUUUCCAAAUAUCGGAGAACUGAUUCUCAAGAGGCUCAUUUUAAAUUUUCGCAAAGGAUAUAGAAGAAAUGAUAAGCAACUUUGCCUGACAGCUUCCAAGUUUGUGGCACAUCUUAUGAAUCAGAAUGUGGCUCACGAGGUUUUAUGCUUGGAAAUGCUCACAUUGCUUUUGGAGAGACCGACAGAUGACAGCAUUGAAGUAGCAAUUGGCUUCCUAAAGGAAUGCGGCCUCAAAUUGACUGAAGUGUCUCCUAGGGGUGUUAAUGCCAUCUUUGACCGCCUUCGUCAUGUCCUGCAUGAAUCUGAAACCGACAAGCGAGUUCAGUACAUGAUUGAAGUCAUGUUUGCCGUGCGUAAAGACGGGUUCAAAGAUCACCCGAUAAUUCCAGAUGGACUGGAUCUUGUGGAAGAAGAGGAUCAGUUUACCCAUAUGCUGCCUUUGGAAGAUGACUAUAAUCCAGAAGAUGUUCUUAAUGUGUUCAAGAUGGAUCCAGAUUUUAUGGCGAACGAAGAGAAGUACCAAACUCUGAAGAAAGAAAUUCUUGAUGAAGGUGACAGUGACUCAGAAAGUGGUCAGGAUGCUGCAAGCAGUGAAGAGGAGGAAGAAGAGGAUGAUAAAGAGGAGGAGGAGGAUGAAGAAGGGCAAAAAGUGACUAUCCAUGAUAAAACGGAAAUCAACUUGGUCUCCUUCCGACGAACCAUAUACCUAGCAAUUCAGUCAAGUUUAGACUUUGAAGAAUGUGCUCAUAAAUUGCUGAAGAUGGAUUUUCCUGAAAGCCAGACAAAAGAAUUGUGCAACAUGAUCCUUGACUGUUGCGCUCAACAGAGAACAUACGAGAAAUUCUUUGGUUUACUGGCUGGGCGCUUCUGCAUGUUGAAAAAAGAAUACAUGGAAGCAUUUGAAGCUAUUUUCAAAGAGCAGUAUGACACGAUACACCGGCUGGAAACAAACAAGUUGAGGAACGUUGCCAAGAUGUUUGCGCAUCUUUUAUAUACGGAUUCACUUCCGUGGAGCGUGCUUGAAUGCAUAACGCUAAGCGAAGAAACUACAACAUCCUCCAGUAGGAUUUUUGUUAAAAUCUUCUUCCAGGGACUCAGUGAAUACAUGGGGCUUCUGAAUCUUAAUGCAAGAUUGAAAGAUGAAACUCUGCAGCCAUUCUUUGAAGGUUUGCUACCUCGGGAUAACCCAAGAAAUACUAGAUUCGCCAUCAAUUUCUUCACUUCGAUUGGUCUUGGAGGACUGACCGAUGAGCUACGUGAACAUCUGAAGAAUGCACCAAAAAUUAUCAUGACGCAGAAGCAAGAUGUGGAGUCAUCAGAUUCGUCUUCAUCUUCAGAAUCUGAUUCGUCCGGUUCAGAGGAUGACAGUAGCGACAGCAGCAGCAGCAGCAGCAGUUCAGAGUCCUCCAGUGAAAGUGAAACAUCAUCUGACAGCGAGCGCAGCAGUGACUCUGAUAUGAGAAAAAGGAAGUCACAGAAGAAGAAAGCAUCAGACAGAGACGCCAAGAGAAAGCAAGGAAGUCGAAAGAAACAGCUUGACAGGAAAAAAGAGAAGAGGCAGCCUGAGAGGGAAAACGGUGCUGAGAGGAAUGCUGACAGGAAUUCAAGAGACUUAAGUCGGAGAGAUGAUGCACCACAGAAACUCUCCCAUGACAGAGAUUAUUCCGCUGACAGGAACAGCUACUGCGGUGGAAAGGACAGGGAUCAGGAAAGAAAAACUCCUUCGGAAAGCAAAAGUAGCCAAUCUAAGAAGAAGAGGGCCGAAAGGCAGAAUUCUUUUUCUGAUAACGAAGGGAGGGACAGUCGCCAUGAUAAGGAUGGUGAACUCCACAGACGGAGGAAAGACAGAUCAAAGUCUAGAGAGAGACCACGUAACUAUCCCAAUCCCAGGAUGGAUGAGCCCAGGCAAUAUCCAGACCAGUUUAAAGAGUCAAGGAGAGAUGAGGGCAGGCGAAAGCACAGGGGCGAUUCCCCAUAUAGGCGCAAAUGACUCUAGUAGACUGCUUUUGAAAUGCAAAUGCUUCUGCCUUGUGGAGAAAGCUUUAUUUUUUGCAACAUACGGAACAUCUUUAAAAGGACUUUUUGUACAAAGUACUUGUAAACGUCAUUGGAAUUUUGAAUGUUUCCAGUAGCCCAUCUUUCUAUGAUCGCUGCUUACAGGUUUUUGACUCCAGGAGCAAUCAAAUGUAGUUUAUUUUGUUAAUAAAACAGUCAAGCAAUUUGUUUUACUGAAAUAUUGGUGCUUUACAAACAUGUUUGUAAAUUUUAUUUAUGUUCUUUAAAAGUGCUACACAUUCCUUAGUUUUCGUUCUUUAGGUGAUUUUCCAAUUAUGGUACAGACGUUUAAAAGUCUCAUGUCAGAAAUAACAAAUCCCCUGUAUAUGUUUGUACUACAGAACAACAUUGAUAGCAGUUUUUUAUUUGUUUUGAUGAGAAAACUGCAACCUGCUGCUUAGAGUUUGAACAUUACAGAACUCAGUUGUGUAUGUUUACACCUGAUAAUCCCACAUUAUUCAUAUUCAGAGCUUCAAAAAAGAUCAGAAAACUAAUCUGAGGCUUUGGUUUCAUCAAAUCUGGAGGAAAUAAGCAUCAAUAUCUUAAAAAUCAUUUAAUGGAUCAAGUUCUGCUUUUGGGAAUGCAGUUGAGAAUAGAUGGCAAUUUUUAAAAGCUGGCCUACACAGCUGAUAACAUUUUAUUUUAUUUUUCUUUAGAUAUUAAAAACCUGUAGUUCAGCGAGUGCCAAUACCAGAGUUCUCUUCUAGUUGAAACGGAACAGAGUCUCAGAUGUUUUCAGCAUAUUUGGGCAAGAUUGGAUAUGUCAUUUGAAUUAGGACUAAAAUAACCAAAGAUUCCUGGAAGUUUAUUUGUUUCUUUUUUUAAAAAAAAUGGAUUCAUGGGUUAGGAGAAAUUUAUAUGAAGAUCGCAUAUGGAUUUCUUGAGUAUUAUUUCACUACCACUGAAAGUGUUUAUAAUUAUGAAAAAUGAGACAGUUGAUAUUUUGAAUUACUGUCCUUCAAGGCUCAGUGUUAUCAUCUGGUGUCCUGCUUGGACAAUGGAUUUCCUCUUUCUUUGCUUCCCCCCAGCAAUCUCAAAGUAUCUGCCAAAUCUGCUCAGGAUGGUUGGUGGACCCAACCAGAGAUAUGGGGGGUGGGGUGGAUUUUGCUCAGGGUUUUUUUUCUCUUCUGAUUUUAAGAUCACAACCCCCCUUUGUUUUGUUUUUUUUAAAAAAACUUUUUAAUGUGGUUUGGAUGAGCAUUUCAACUGUUGCAUCAAAAUCAGAACUAAAUGCUUAAAGAUAAUGACAAACCUUCUGGAUACCAGCCAUAUAGAUAAUGGUAUUGCUCUCUAAUCUCGUUGAAUAAUUGACUCCCCCCCCCCAUAAACAUGAAUAAUCACUUCAGCUUUUCCAACACUGAUGGUAGCACAAGUGAAGCGGCUUUGAAUAUUCUAUCUCUGUCAAAUAUAAAUGUGAAUCAGUUGGGGGGGGGAUCAAUUCUCCAAUUUGGGAGGAAUUCAACAUUGCUGUCUUUUGACCCUUCCAUCAGAGCAAGCAUUUCUGAUUCCCAAACAGAACGAUUACACCCUCCUCCCCUCUGCACUGUUCUGGGUUUUUUUUCUGACUACAAGGAGCAGAACAGCUAUUAGCAGACCAGAAGUCCCUUAGAUUGUUCACCUGUCUGUGUAAACUACAAGUUGACUCUUUUUAUUCUCUCCCACUUGCCCAUAAUGCCAGUUGUUGGCCAAAAUUCUCAUUUGAUGAAGUUGUGAUUAAAUACUGUAUCAGACUUAACUUCAGCUAGGACAACUCGGAUCUGAAGCACUUGAAUGAAUGGAAUGGCAAACUCUCCUGUUUAUUCUUUUCCCCCUCUUUGUACUUUUUCAUGUAGAUUUAUUGGGUGGGAUUCACCUAAUUUAACAGCAGACACGGCACACAUCUGGCAAGCUGAAAUGAUCGUGCAGAUGCAAUGUUUUCUCAUUGUGCAGUGUUGAAUUCCACUUGCAGUCUGUCAAACAUGGACAGCAUUUUUUUUACAUCAGACAUGCUGAAACUCUAGUCCAUGGAGUAAAUGUUUCUUUUAGCCUUUUAAGUGCCCUUUAAGAUGCUCUUCGUUGUAACUAAUACAGCUUAUCCCUCUGCGGCAGAAAUCCGUGUGACUUCUUUCACAUAAUGUAUUGUUGGACACUGAUGCAAAAAAAAUGGGAAUCUAAUGCACCUUACUUGAUGCAGACCAAUAUGCAGUAACAGCUGUCACAAAACUGGUUAGUCAUUUCUUGCCCCAGGGACCUUAGUGUGAAAGGGGCCGGUAAUAAAUGUGCUACGAAGGCUUCUUGUUAAAGAAUUGAAAACCUGAAAGCCCUUCAAUGUGCAGCGCUGUUUGUGCAGCCAUUGUCUUAAUAGGUGUUCCAAAUUUUUCUCUGUGCCUAUUUCUGUUUUCAGAUUUGAGGUAUGAGUGUAAUUGGUUCCGGAAGUCCGUACUUAACCUGAAGCAUA